AGUGCUGCGUUAAGUCAUACAAAAUUUGCAUUUUUCUUCUCUUGCUUGUCAUCAUGAGUUUGCAAAAAGAGAAUGAAUCCUGGCUUCUGCCUAGUUGCACUAGUGCAUGAGCAGUGAAGCACCGGUGGGUGUCAGCACCGGGGAGCUUUCAGAGAGGGAAGCGUGAGAGGCAAGGCCAGGCAGCAGGGCCAGCGAGCUCCCAGCUGCCCCAGUAGCACCACGUUCCCCACCAGCAGCUGACUUGGCUGAGUUUUCCAUAUGCCCCAGGAGCACAAAACUCCCACCAGGCAGGAGUGCAUGUGACAUUAAACAUUAGUAAGCACAAAGUGAGGUUGUUUUUUUUUUUUGCCUGGGAACCCUGGCAUCUCCAGCCCUGGGAUUAAGCUUGUAGGGGAUGCACAUAUUGGGAAGACAGGAUUCCGAGUACAGCAUCAACAAAUGCCAAUAUUUGUGCAGGCAGUAUUGCAGCACAGCUGCACCAGUUGGGGCAUAUAACUGGCAGUCUGAAAGUCCAACCCAGAGAGGCACUUUGGCCCAAUGGGCUGGGCUUACCUUCUCGUUCCCUGUUAGGAGACUGGUAGUCUUGCAGCCUCCUGUCAUCUCUCCAGCAGCUCGUGUGGUGUGAAUGUGCUGCCCAACAGCCAGCAGCGAUUUCACAGCCCCUCAUUCUUCCAAUGAUACGCUCCUAGAUGGUGUCCUGCUGUGAACACACCUGCAAACUCCGUCUCUUACAUGUGGUCCAGAGACAGUCCGUCAAACCAGAGGACAACCCGGGUAGGUCUUUUAUACAUUUGCAGCAAAAUUUCUUGUGUUCUUCAGCUCUGAGCAACUAGUGAGCUGAAAUAUAAAUAAAUAAAUAAAUAGAUAAAUUAUUUAAUAGAUAAAAAGGAAAGCAAGCAAGCAAGCUUCUGUAAUAAAUUUAUGGGAUAAAGCAAUACUGACAGAUGUCAUUUGGGAAUUAGUCUCUUUAAAAAGGACCUUAUUUAAGAAGGUUUUCUUCAUAAUUAGUUCCAAACUUCAGCGUGACUGCAGCUGCCAAGUCAGAACAAUUGCUCAUUUUUAAUUUAGAGCAACUCAUAUGUUUUCCAGCUAAAUUAAACCAAACCGGGGAAUUUGGAAAACCACUGAGAAUAAGGGGAAGUCUGGAGUGAUUAACAAUUACUUCCUCAUAAGACAUGCCCAAGAGGAAGAGAGGUGCUUUUCACUCAUGGAGCUGCUCUCCUAAGGAUGAGGAGGAUCAUGCUUUCCUUCCUCUGCUUACUGAUGCACCUGCUUCAGGAUGAGAUAACUUCACUUUCAGUUAUGGAAAACCAAGACCUGCAAGACUCAAUUAAGCCACAGAAGGUAGAGUUUCGUUCGUUAAACUUCAACAGCACUUUGCAUUGGCAGCCUGGGUGGGCCAGAGAGGCGAGAGACACACUCUACUUUGUGCAGUACAAAGUUUAUGGGCAGACCACGUGGCAAAACAAAGAUGACUGCUGGGGAAUUCAAAGCCAUGUCUGUGACCUAACACAUGAGACCUCUGACAUCCGGGAGCCUUACUACGGAAGAGUGAAAGCCGCGUUGGCUGGUGUCUAUUCCAACUGGAGCCUCAGCUGCAGAUUCACUCCCUGGCGAGAAACUAUGAUAGGACCUCCAAUAGUAACUCUGGUUCACAGCAACAAAUCCAUUAUAGUAAAGCUCCAGGCUCCACGUUCUCCGUAUAAAAGGAAGAAAGGCAGCAAGAUACCAAUGACAAAUUAUUACGAUCUGCUGUAUCAAGUCUUCAUAAUUAACAACUUGCUAGAUGAGCAACACAGAGUCCUGGUGUAUGAAGGAAAAGAUAAGGUUAUUAAAUUAAAAGAUUUGAGGCCUGGAGUCAGCUACUGCAUCGUGGCUAAAAUGUACAUGCCCAUGCUGGACCGCAGCAGUGCCUACAGCAGCAGGCAAUGCACUGUGCUGCAGUGACAGGGCUGGCACCUCUGUGACAGGUAAGUCACUAGCUGAAACCGGAGAUGACUCUGGAAGUCAGGAUCUAUCCCCUCACAAAGGCAGAUGUUCUCCAAAAUGAGAAAAUAAAGUGUGACAUAGAAACUACCAUCCCAUGUGACAAUAUUAGCUAAAAUUCUUACAUAAUCUUGGUUAGUUGCACACCAGGUAAGAAUGAUAAGGCUAAGGAGAUUAGAAGAAUGGGAUAGAAAAUUAUUUGCAUGCUGGCACUGUCCUCAGAAUUAUCUCUGUCCUCUUUCUUUAAACAGUUAUAAAUAGUAUUUCUUUCAUAAUUUUUUUUCUGUCAAGUAAGAAUUAAUCAGGAAAAUGACUUACCUGCAACUUUAUUACCAUGCAGUUCUCCUGCAAGCUCUGUAAUCCUAUUCUGUUCAGAAAUUGAUCUGAUGGAUUAAUUAAAAUGUGCCUGUCCCCUUUUCAUAGCCACUCUUCAGUGUAAUAUUUUUUUUAAAAUAAAUCAGUUAUCAAAUUUUGUAAGUUCCUAUGGGCCAAAAUGCAAGAGGUAGCUCCAUUAGCUGAUCUGAAAAUUUGUUUUUUUACUUAACUCAAUCAGUAGACUAUCUUCAUGUAUUGUAUGCCCAGCAAAGAGAUUUACUAUCAAUCCUGUCUUGCAGGUGCAAAGUCACAGAGUGUACAAAGACCUAGCCCACAGUUGACUUCAUUGGAAUUGGCCUUAGCAACCUCAUAUUUGGGCCCUUUCUAGGGAGAAACUGGAAAAGCGUCAGGGUUUGAACCUGGGCUUCUGUUCUACCCUAAUUGUUAUACCCUAACUAUAAAAGUUCUCCUUUCUUCUGCUUCAUAAUAUGAUGCAUAACAUUGGUCUCUCUUGAGUCUUGGUCAGUGGAUUUAGGCGAAGUAGGGAGCCAGUUUCUAGGGGACUUUCCUGCAGUUUUGCUCACUUUCCCAGUACUGUAAAGAGCUAGAAGCUCAGGUUAGAGCUGGACUUCCAAACAACCUGCAGAGGUGCAGGAGGUAUGCACGAGAAUGGCAUGUGUUCAAUGUUGAUUCAGUUUAAUAGCACCCAGCUUAAAUGCACAUUCUAGCAGCAAUUAUCUUUCUCUUCCCAAUUACAGGAAUAAUGGCAGAAGAUGCCUUCCAUCACAGAUCCAGUUGUAAAUCAGCAGCUGUUGUCUAUGUCUGGAAUACAUACUUGGACACUUUUUAAACUAACCUUUGCUGCGUUAAAUUAUUUGAUUCAUCACAAUCAUUUUAUGCUACAUGAAGGUCAAGGAUUGUUUUUAUGUCCUAUAUUACAAUUUAUGAUGGUAUAUAUUUGCAUUUUCAAAGGAAAAAGCCUUGUAAUAUGAAAGAAAAACCAUUCAAAAAGCAUUUGUGGAAGUAUCCUUAAGAUUCCUUCAAGGGUUUUUCUAUUUUAUGUCUUGGAAUUAAAAUACAAUUUAUAAACCAGAAGUUUCAGAUAUUUUAUGUCUUCUAGAACAAUGGUUGCAACAGAAGAUUUAAAAACUGUCCUCUCUUUAAAAUAAGAAAUGUCCAGUACAGGAGUA